AUGAGCAAACUACACAAGAUAGUAGGGCUUGCUAUCGCGGGGCUCUUUCUGGUAGAGUGUGUGGGUGCGUUUGAUAGAUCUAUGCAGUAUGAUGAUCUAGAAAUGUUUGAUACGGAAGCCAGAAAACGCCAACACCGGGUAGAAAGGCCCGAGUCCUUUAUAUCAGCUAUUGAAAAAGUCAUGUACAAAGACCCGAUGCUCAAAUCAAAAAUGUUUAUCUUUUUCAAAAAGCACUUUGGCCCAAAUUCAAAAUUUAUGUCCAGUAAUCCCUCCGCUAUCUUUUCGGAAAGUGAAGGACUUGUCCCUGACCCUUAUGAAGUCUACAGCCAGUUUAAGUCCCUAAUCCAAGCAGAUCAGAUGAUCAAAAAUGAUAUGCAAGAACUACUAAAAGUUGUUCAGGGAUACAUUGAUCUGAUGCACAUGAAACGCCGGGCCUGGUACCAGACCUUGAAGAAUGGCCAACAUAAUCUUGAUGAGUUCAAAAGAAGAAAAGCUCGUUCAACUGAUGAAAUUGCCAGUUCAGAAAUUGAUAACCAAUUUGCCAUUGAACUCAAGAAACUCCAUAGUUACCUCAAAGCCUAUGAGAGUACUACUGUUUGGGAAAAGAAACUCAGCCAACUCCUUGACGAACUAUUUCCAGCCUAA